AAUGUUUUCAGGAUAAUACAAAUGUGGAAAAAAACAGGGAAGAUGGGAUACCCUAUUUAAAGAAUUUGAUGUAAAAUAUCAAAACUUAUUGAAAAAUGUGUAAAUAUUUUAAUAGAAAAAUUAGUGGGGGAGGUAAUUAUGACAUGAAUGGUAAAAAAGAGGGUUAAUGGAUAGAUUUACACGAAGAAUUUUGGACGUAAGUUUACAAAUAUCAAUAUAGAGUUAGAAGAACAAUAUAUUAGGGAGAAUAUUUCAAAGGCAGAAAAAAAGGAUCUUUUGUAUAAAAAAAAAUAUGAG